CUCGCGCUCCUUGCUUUCUCUUCCCCACCCCACGCGUCCCUUCCCUCCCUCUCCUCCCUUCUCUCUCCUGCCGUCGUUAACCCUCCGUUACACCACCCGCCUCACGCCGUCACGUCAACUUCCGCCACAAAAGGCCCCUCCUCCCCAGCCCCGGCCAUGUCCAACGCCGGCGACCCCGCCGGCGCCGCGGCGCCGGCGGCGGCCACGGUCACCCCGUCGGGGCGCGCGCCGAGGCUGCCGCGGUGGACGCGGCAGGAGAUACUGGUGCUCAUCGAGGGCAAGCGCAUGGUGGAGGGCCGCGGCGGGCGCGGCGGGAGGGGCCGCGUGGCGGCGGCAGCGGCUGCUGCCGCGGCUUCGGCGUCCAGCGGGGAGGCCGCGGCGGCGGCGCUGGAGCCCAAGUGGGCCGCGGUGGCCGAGUACUGCCGGCGGCACGGAGUGGAGCGGGGCCCCGUGCAGUGCCGGAAGCGCUGGAGCAACCUCGCCGGCGACUACAAGAAGAUCAAGGAGUGGGAGCGCGCCGCGGCGGCCUCGCGCGAGCCGUCGUUCUGGGCCAUGCGCAACGACGCGCGCAGGGAGCGCCGGCUCCCGGGGUUCUUCGACCGCGAGGUGUACGACAUACUCGAGGGACGGGGACGGGCGAUCCUCGCCGGCCGGUCCGCCGGGAAUGCCGCGGAGGAGGAGGAGGCGGUGGCGGUGGCGCGCGUCGAGGAGGAGAAAGAGGCGGGGCCGGCGGAGGCCGUGUUUGACAGUGGCCGCCCAGCCACGGAGGAGGCGCUGUUCUCGGAGGACGAGGAGGAUGAAGAAGAGGAGGCACCGGCGGCCGCUCCUCCUCCUCCGCCACCGCCGGUGAUCGCUGUACCGGUGUCCGAGAAGCCGGAUGCAUCAAGGCAACAACAGAGCGCUGAGCAAGGCACAUCGAAAGACAAACAGCCUGAGCAAAGCACUGAGAGGGAUGCACCGGCUCAGCAGGGUGGGCAGAAGAGGCCGCGGACUGACGAAGAAGCUGGAGAAGGUGCAACAGACCUGCAGAGUAAGCUGAUCCAGAUCCUAGACCGCAACAGCCGGAUGGUGGCGGCACAGCUGGAGGUGCAGAACCAGAAUUGUGAGCUCGACAGGGAGCAGAGGAAAGACCAAGCUAACAGCCUAGUUCUUGUGCUCGGCAGGCUCGCCGAUGCCCUUGGCAGGAUCGCCGAUAAGCUAUAGUCAGUCAAUCACCUAGGUGUAUAUUUGGACAGAAAUAAUUACCAAAAAAAAGGAUGACAUUUGUAAGUGAAUGUACAGAUUGGUAUAGGCUAUUGGCAUUCGAUUCUUUUUGGGCCGGUUCUGAAAAUUAUGUCAGAAACCUGUAUUGGGGGCUGUGUUAUAUAGGGAGAUGAGGUUUAUAGCAUUCGAAUGAUCUGGACUAGCAGAAUUCAGUUGUGUAUCAGCGGUGAAUUCUUGGAAGUAAUUAUUCUCAGCAAUGCAAUUGUGUAUAGUGGAGCUUUGGUGA